AUGGAGAUUACCAAGAUCCCACAGAACAGCAGACUGAUCAUCUAUGAGUUCCUCCAACAUAUCUUCCAACUAUUUAGCAAGAAUCUUCCUGUUGAUGCUUGGAAUACAAGCAAGAUCGACAAAUUCCAAAACGGAAUUCAUCAUCAAAUUGAAGAAUUGGAGACAUGUCUGUCAGAAGAGCAAUCAAAACUAAGAAACAACUUUCAAACAUGGAUCCUAAAAAGCUCUAUAUACAGCAUAAAAAAGUACUUUAAAAGAAUCACCAGUUUCCUACAAGAUAAGCAAUACAGCCACUGUUCCUGGGAAGCAGUUAAAAUGGAACUGAGAAUGUGUUAUAUAAUUUUUGACAGUCUUAUGAAAAAAAAAACUACAUAA